AUGGAGCGGUCGCCGGCGGCGCCGGCUCCGGUGGAGGUGCCCAAGUUCUUCGUGUGCCCGAUCACGCUGGAGGUCAUGCGGGACCCUGUCACCCUUUCGUCGGGGAUCACCUACGACCGUGACAGCAUCGAGCGCUGGCUCUUCACCGAUGGGCACGGCGACUGCCCCGUUACCAAGCUGUCGCUGGGCGCCGACGACCUGGAGCCCACGCCCAACCACACGCUCCGGCGGCUCAUCCAGUCCUGGUGCGCCGCGCACGCCGUCGAGCGGUUCCCGACCCCGCGCCCGCCGGUCGACGCCGACCGCGUCGCCGCGAUCGUGGACGGCGCCAAGAAGAAGGGUGGCGUGCCGGAAGCCGUGGAGUUCCUCGUGUCCGUCGUCAAGAAACACGCCGCAAGCACGUCGUCGUCCAAGCCUCUCGCUGGAUGCGGAUCCCAAGAGGAACCGAUGUGCGGCGCCGUGCCGGACUCGCCCAAGGCGUGCUCGCCGGAGGAGGCGGCUCUGAGCAUCUUGCAUUCUCUCAAGCUCUCCGAGGCGAGCCUGAAGAGAGUCCUGGAGAGCAGCGACGAUUUCGUGGACGCCUUGGCGUCCGUGCUGCGCUGGCCGAGCUACCGGGCGCGCACGUACGCGAUGCACCUGCUGAAGGCGGCGCUGUCGGCUAUGCAGCCCUCGCGGCUGAGCUCGGCGAGCACCGAGCUGGUCGAGGGCGUGGUGAUGGUGGUGGCGGACAGGAUGCUGUCGCCCAAGGCCAUCAAGGUGGCGCUCCACGUGCUCUGCCGGCUCUGCCCGUGGGGCCGGAACCGCAUCAAGGCGGUCGAGGCCGGCGCCGUGGCGGCGCUCGUGGAGCUGCUCCUCAGCGACGGGUGCGGUGGUAAAAGCAACGGCGGCAAGCGGGCGGGGGAGCUCGCGGCGGUUGCCAUCGACCAUCUGUGCGGCUGCGCGGAAGGGCGGUUGGAGCUCGUGGCCCACCCGGCAGGGCUGGCUGUUGUUGCGCGAGCCGCGACGCGGCUCUCCCCCAUGGCCACCGAGAGCGCGGUGCGCGCGCUGCACGCGGUGGCCAGGCACUCCGCGACCCCCGCGGUGCUGCAGGAGAUGCUUGCCGUCGGAGUUGUCGCGAGGCUUCUGUACCUGGUGCAGGCCGGAGCCGCCGGCGACCGGCCGAGGGAGAGGGCGAGGGAGAUGCUCAAGAUGCACGUCAGAGUUUGGAGGGGCUCACCGUGUUAUUUGGCGUCGCACCUAGCAUCCUACCCUUGUUGA